UUUUGCAUUUACAUACAAAGUUCCAAAUUUCUGAACUUCCAAAGUAUACAAAAUUUAGAAUUUUUGAAAUUUCUAAAAUUUGUGAUUUACCAAGUGUAGGAAAAUAGAUCUUAGCACUUCAAAGAGCUAAAUGUCUAAAUCUGUAAAUUUUUUGAUUUUUAAAUUUAAAAUUCUAAAGUUCUAAAAAUUUAUGUUUCAUUUAAAUUAAUGUAACCGAGACGUGAAACUUCAUAGGCAUAAAUGCUUGAAGUCAAAUCGAAAGUGAAAAAUUUGUUUGUAAAGUUGUUAACAAUGCAAUCUUGUCAUUAAUAAAUAAUUACUAACCACACCCACAAAAUGGCAUCCAAUGUGUCUUUACAUGAUUUGGAAGAUUUCAUUCGUGAAAAGAUUGUAGAAGAAGGUUGGACUCACUGCCGUCUUAGUCUGUACUUGAAACGAAUGUAUCCCGGUAUACGUGGCUUCAGUGUUCGUUCAAUAGAGAGAUUUUGCAGUGAUAAAGACAUCCACAGAACUAGUAGAAUGGAUGGCUAUAAUUUACAACAAGUUGUCUCUGAAGCUGUUAGAACUGUUGGUCCUGCUUAUGGGCGAAAAACUAUGACAGGUUAUCUUAGAAGUCAGGGAGUCCGCAUCAGUGAGACAAGAGUAGGACAAGCACUUAGUCUAGCAAACCCCAUAUACCACCACAACAGAAGGGAAGCUACUACGAGGUCAAUGAAUCCCAUACCAUACAGUGCGGACUACUUUGGUCACAAAGUUCACAUUGGCCAAAAUGAGAAACUUGUCUUAUAUGGGGUUACUCACAUUUGUGCUAUCGAUGGCUAUAGUAACAAAAUUGUUGCAUUUAUAACAAGGAAGUGGAUAUUGGUCCGGCAGCCGGACGCCUACUGUGGGGCUAUAGAUCCGGCAGUCCGUUGUUCUCCGUAAAACAGCUU